AUGAGGCUCUAUGGAGUUCUGACUGCUUUCGUACUCGGUGCGAGUCUGUGUCAGGCUUUCCAGCUUGGCUUGACGGUGCCACCCAGCUCUGUGGACUCGGCUAAGCUUAUGCAAGAGGUAACUGAGUAUCACAACGAGUUGUACAAACUCAAGAAGACUUCGAAAAAGGCUGUUGAGUUGCGGGCCAUGAUCAAAUCGCAUGUCGAAAAAUACAUUUCAAAUAACUUGUGCGUGAGGUACAUUUUGAACGAGUUCACGGAAGAUCACAUGAACCAGAAUACGCUGGUGGUGGUCCACGUGAAGGUUGUCGAUCCCACAAAUGUUAAUGAACUUGGCAAUAGAUACCAGCAGUUGAAUUUUAACUUAAUAGAUGAUGAGGGUAAUACAUUACGUCGUAAGAACGACGUGAAGGAGUCUAGGGUGGCAGUGACUAUACCCGAAAACCCAAGAGAGGACGCAUAUUUCGACGUUUGUUACGAGAAUCAGAUGAUCGACAAAAGUUGGAAGAACAAGGGUGCUAAUAAAGACAUAAUAAUGAGUGUGGAGAUUGGUAUAUCCGAGAUCGUUGACAAUUUGGAGAAAUCAGGCACCGCGUUGAAGCCGGUGCAAAAGCAGGCAUCAGACAUAGAACAAGAGGUUACCAAGCUGGUAAACCAGUUUGUUGCUCAAAUCAUACCCGACGAAACGGCUUCCAGAAACUUCAACGAAGAUCUGUUCUCCAAGGUGAUCAUCGGCGGCAUAGUUGCCUCGGCGUCACUCGUGAUAGUUGGAGUCGUCCAGGUGCUUUGGUUGAUUCUGUAUUUGAAGCAAAACAAAAUGAUUUAG